GUCCAGUAGUAUUGAAAGCAAAGCCCAUGAUCGCGCAGUUGUUUGUUUUCACUCAGCGCAGUAAGCAGGGCGGAGAGGAGAAGAGGAGAGGCACGGGGUUGUGUAACGGUUAACGUUUUUUAAUUAAUCUUCACUGCAUUUUUCCCACCCUCCUGCCAUGGCUCUGUGCAGUAGCGUCGGAGCCUUGGCGUUACCCAGCGAGCUUAUCGUCCACAUAUUCUCCUUCCUGUCAGACCGAGACAAGCUCCGGGCCUCGGCCGUAUGCACCCGCUGGAGGGAGUGUCUCUUCUACCCCGCGCUGUGGACGGAGCUCAAGCUGCGCAUCGGCGGGGGAACCAACGGCGGCGGCUCUGGAUCCGACCAUACCCCGCGGCUGGAGUUCCUCAUGCGCAAAUUCGGUUCAUUCGUGCGGGAGCUGCAGCUGGAGUUCGCCCCGGUGGACGGCUACUUAAGCCCGCUGCAGCACGGAGUGGACGCCGUCGAGAGCGACCCGCAGUUCGCCAAAGAUGCGAUGGUGACAUAUUUGGAUCAGGUGUUGUGUGUGCUCGGCAGUCUGCGUAAUAACAGAAACCUCCAGAAGCUGAGUCUGUAUGGGGACACAUGCAUUCUUCAGGAUGAUGGCAUUUUGGACAGCGCUUACCUCAGCCAGGUCGACCAAGGGGGCAAGAAAAUGAAAGAGAUCCAGCAACUCUUCGAAGAAAUCCUGUCCAACAGCCGGCAGAUGAAGUGGCUGUCGUGUGCAUUCAUGCUGGGUGUGGUAACCCCCUGCUCUCUGGCCUCCCUCUCCAACCCCAGCACCAGCUCCCUGCAGCACCUCAGCCUGAUGGACAACCAGCUGCCCAGCCUGAUCUCCACCCUGGAGCUUGAGCGCCUCUCUCACCUGCACUCUCUGUCUUUAGACUUCUGCGACUUCACCUCAGACAUGUGCCGUCUGCUGGCUUGUGGUGACCGAGCACCGCUCCACCGCCUCUCCCUCCUGCUCAAUGGCGCUGCUCUGGAUGUCAAGCCUUUGAAUGGUACUGCGGCUGAGGAUGACUGGAAAUCUCUGGUCCGCCGCAGCACCAACCUGCGCGUCUACAUCAUGGGGAUGGACGUGUGCAGCCAGGAUCUUCUGCGCGUGCUGAAGCCUAGCGUUCCUCUGGAACGCAUCCACCUGGACAGCUAUAGCACGCUGGUGACGGAUGGGGUCAUUGAGCUGAUCUCGCAGCAGUACCACAAAACCCUCACUCACUUCAUCCUGAUGAGGGAUGAUGCUGGAUUUCCAGACCUCAGCGUCAACCGCAACGAGGACCCGCUGGUUCUGCUCACCUGGCGCUGUCUGCACCUCACUGUCUUGAUUAUCCAUGGCUACACAGUGUGGUCCCACAACCUAGUGGCCAUCUCUCGUCUGCGUGGCUCCAACCUCAAAGUCCUGGAGGUGUCCGAAGAGAGCAUUGACUUUGACCCGGACCAGUCGGUGUACAUCGAGGGCGACCCCGUCCACAAUCUGGUCAAGGAGGUGUCUCUGGGCCUGGGCCGCGUCUGGCAUCCCUCCAUGGACAACAGCGUAGUCCUGAACGAACCCACUCAGCACUUCCACCGCGAGAUGCAGAGUUUCAGCGCGGGCAUGUAGAUGCACCAAACGCCCUCUCUAACCCUGUGCUUGGUGAUCUUUCACUAAAUGGGCCCUUCUCAUUUUAUUUUGCCCCCCUUUCAUUACUUUCUGAUUUUUUUUUUUUGUUUUUGUAGUGUGAAUUUAAUCCUUUGUAUGUGCUGUGUUUAAUCAGUAUUAGCUCUAUAUUUAUAUCUAUAUCUAUAUAUCCUGCUUAUUACUAGGAAAAUAUAGUUGGCUAUUGGUUUAGUAGCUAAUUGAGUGAAUGGUAGAGAGGGGCUUUUAUACAGCUAGCUUGUACAGUGAGUUGUUCAUUCUCUCGCUUUUGUCUGUUUGUUGGUUUCCCCCUUAGAAAGUGUGGAGUUACCUCAAACUCUCAGUUGAUCCUCUUUGGCUUCUGCAAGGACGAAAUCCCAUGUUCACCGUUGACCUUUUUAUAGGGAGAUUAGUCUUCCAGCCAAGGGACAGGGCUGAUCCACAGCAGUUACGACCCUUCCUCUUUGUUCAUCCGUGUGUGAUUGUUAUUCUGAAGUGAGGAUUGGUGGAAACGACGUGUUCGGGACGUAGAUCCCGCUGGUUUUUCUCAACCUGGAAGUAGACGCGCCUCUGCUGGUGAAACCAAUCGUAGAGGUUUCAGUCUGGUGUUUGACACCUGCAUGCUGACCGCCCUGCAGCACAAUAUCUGGGCCCAGCCAUAGGUGUUUUGUUCUUGUUUUCUUGUGUCUUUUUUGUUUUGUUUUAAAAAAUCCUUCCCGUCUGUCUCAGGUAGGCAAAAGUUACAUGACAAGGAAGAUGAAGAUGACGGUUAUAUUUUGGUGAGAGUGAAAACAAUCAGCUUUUCCUUCAGUUUUAAUUGUUCUUCUUGAGUCACAGUUGCCUUGAACUCCCCCUUACUUCAUCAUCAAUGUGUUUCUGGCCUCAGAUCCAAUCGCAAAGUGUGUCCGCUGAAAAACGAAGGCUCGUAAUCGAAGGCCGAACGCGAUUGAAUCCGGGCCAUGGGGUUUAUUAUUUCAUCUGUUAAAACAUUAGAUGGCGGGAGACAGACAGACGUUUGCUUGUUCCAUAUCUCAGGAUUCCUGCACUUGCGGUACUUUUUCCAGUUGAAAGCUUUUGUUGAAGCUUCGUUCAAAGGGUUGGCGUGCUCGAUGGGCAAGGUUUUUGGAGCUCUUCCAAAAGAAAGCGCUUAAGAAGUUGCCGGUUUUUAUUUUCUUCCUGUGUCUAAUUAUCCAUAGUUUAGCAUUUGAAGUUCUCGUGUGUUGUUCUUUGAUUUUACAUAUUGUCUGUUUGCUUUAUUUUUUUAAGAAAAAGAGUCAGUCGAAGGAAGUCGUGGUUGCUUGCGUAGCUGAAGUAAGUGAAUGUCAAACUAAAGCCUUCAUAAAAAAAGCGGCAGCGCUUUUGCUCUGCAGAAUCCCCUCUUUCUUGAGCAUAUCUUUAUUUCACGUGCUCGAACAACGAAGCGAAUCAUCAAAGAGCGGAGUGCUUUUUAAAACCGUUAAGUUGCCUCGUUAACUGUUACUCUGUCAGGCCUCAGAACUUCCUGUUUUUUGGCGGUAUCGACUACCCGAAGCCAAUGCAGGUUCGAAACGGAAGCCAUCGCCCCAAUCUUUUUCGGAAGAUCUGCGCUUUUGACAAAAACAGCCAAAGCAAGCCUUUGCAGCAUGAAAACGAUCUCUAUAUGCAAGCUAAUCAAGUGAGGGGUGACCUUAUGAUCUUGUGAGGAUUUAUUAUUAUUAUUAUUAUUAUUAUUUGUGGUCCAAAAAGAUUUGAAGCAGUUAACCAAUGAGAUCGAACAACUCUUGGCACGUGCACAAAGGGUUGACGUGAUUCGACACCUUAGAAAUGCGAAGCAGAGAUCCAGCUUGACUAAAUGUUGACAAGUUUACAACCUAUUGUGGGACCCAUGUCAACAUUGGUGAAAACGGCAGGUUUCCGUAGUUGGUGGCACAGAACGCAAAAAGGGCGGCUUCAGAUCUGUAAAACUUGCUCCCUUUUUGAAUAAACCACGGAUUGAAUAUGCUGUUUUCAGGUGCGUUGACAUUGGUGCCAAACUUGCUGUAACGAACAUGUCAGAAUGCUCUUAAAUGUGUGCCAGUAGUGGGAUUCUGUUUAUUCUCUCUCUUCUUUGUUUAUUUAGAAACGUUCUACUUAGUACCAGCACCAAAAAACAAAACGAGUGUGUUCUUAAUUCGGAGCUUGUACGUUGGUUUUUCCUGAAGGACUAGAGAUGGCGUAGAACGACAGCGUACGACACGUUACAAAUGGCGAAAGCAUUCAUACCGUGCCUAAAACCCACAAUAGCUUUCAUUUCAAGCCUAUGUCAUUCGUACGUUCCUGGUCGACAAAGCGUUACAAAGACAAAAACCGUCAGUGUUUCUCAUUUUUCUUUGCAAUCUUACGUGUGCAUGCGAAUGUGUCAUGUAAUCGUUGAUAACGUGCAUACAUCAGAGAAGGAGGUGUGUGUUCAGUAUAAAGCGUACCACUUCCUCAGCAGUGAACAGGAAACAGCCAUUCUCAGGGUUAUUGUUAGACGUGUGGAGGAAAUUAAACGAGUCCAAUAGCUCAGGCCUCUCACCAUGAAAGUUUGCAUUAAUGAAGAAUCUUCUCAACAAAAUCACUGGAUUGAACUUCUGUCAGCUGCCAAAGAUAACGGUGAUACGACUCUCUUUCAUUCUUUCGAAGUGCCCGCAUGCUGGCAGAGGGCAGGGCCAAUGGCUGAUGGGCCGAGAUGUACUACUACUAUCGUAUUACGACAACUACUAUUAGAUAAAUGUACUAACGGAGGGAGGGAGGGGUGGUUGGACUUGAGUGGUGGUCCGCAGCUGUGCUGUGGCUUUGGUCAACAUAAUAACGUUAGAUCUCUCUUACAAUGCACCUGUUUCACUGUGAAGAGUGAAUGUAAUUUAACUAUUGAAAAUCAAGGUUGGUUCUAUCAGACCUAUAAGCUGCUAUGAGACGUGUUAGGAACAUUCCACUGGGGAGUUAAAAACUAAAAUGGCCAAAUGUCUGCAUGAAAUGAAUUAUUUUUUUACUCUCUUCUUCUUUUCUGUUUGGUCGGGGCAGGGGUGGGAUCCUGGAAUCAGCGUUCGACUGGUCCUGCUAUGAAAUUCUUGAGCCAUGUAGGUUUUUAAUCUCGAUCGAUUUGGCCAGUCGGUUGUUACAACUCAGUCGGAUCCCAGUUUCUUUCUUUUAAUUUCUUUUUUGUUUUCCCAAAACAACAACAACAGCAUUAUAUGCAUUUCACAAUCUCGUAGUAAGGAGAACGAGGGCUGCUAUGACCCCAUCUGAGAAGGUCAGUGUUUUACAGCUUUUUUCCGAGAGCUACCUUACUGAUGAUCAACCUCACGCCAGCCUUUGGUUAAAACUAACAGUCCGAGUUUCUAAUGCAGGUCCAAUCUCGGAUUUCAUCGUCAAAAAAAGAGAGAAAACUAUGCAAACGGAAUGCAUACGAUCCAACGGCUCUUGUUUUGUUUUCUUUGGCUUUUUCUUUUCGUUUUCUGUCACUCAAACGGAAACAACCUAACUUGCAAUGAUACUUGGCCUUAUUAUUGUUAUUAUUAUUGUUUUAAGAUCUUGAUUCUUCGGAAGCCAACUCAGUUUCAGGGGCGACCGUGGGUUACAGACAUGGUCUCUAUGAGACUGGCCAGAAGGCCCCAGUUAUAAGUGGUACGAAUGUUGUGCAUUUGUUUAAAAUCAGGACAGUUUGCAAUAAAGAAGUGGCCAUCAUGGGGCACCAGCAGUGCUAAGACCACGCUGCUACCUUAUAAACUUAAUGGGGAGUUAAAUAUGAUGACAACAUAAACCUGCAUAUGCGUAUAUAUACAUAUAUCAACGUAUAUACUUUUAUGCAACACAUGUCCGGGUUCUAUUUAAGAACAUUGAGAUAAAAAAAGUUUAUAAGCGUUGUUGUUUUGCAAAAAUGGUUUUACCAUCUUAAAUGUUUAAUAUUUGGGCAGGUGUGUUCUGUCUACUUUUUUGUCUCCGGUGAGCACACAGCAUUGGAUUUUAUAUGUACAUCUGCAAACAGGAAGUACUCUGGCACAGGUGUGAACAUGCCAGGUGGGAAGAUUUUAAUGAGAAAAAAGUGAUCUCGAGGUUCCACGAUAAAAGAAGGAAAACCUUUGGAAAAAACUUAACUGACAGAUAUUGGGUAAACCAGCCGAAUGUUGAUUUGAAUUAAUGUUGAACGAAUGCAUUUUCUUUUAAUCGGUAAAAUAAAAGCAUAAAAA